AUGUCGCUUCUCGCUCGGCCGCUGCGAUUGGGUCCCGCGCAGCAGUGCGUGGCUCCAGGCUUUGUGGUCGCAGUGGCUGACACCGUCCUAUGGGCUUCCUCAACGUCCUGGAAGACCCGCUCAACAGUUCGGCGCGGUGAUGUGUUCUUGGCCAGCAGCUUCGUGAAACAGGUUGGUGCGUGGAGCAUGUUGCCUGUGUGCGGAGGCGGUGCUGUUGAAACACUGUUUUUUCGCGCGGCCACGGCGGUGGAUGUACGGCUUGGGCCUCAUGUUGUUGUGUUGGAUCUUGAUCAGCCCUUCUGGCGGCCACGAACCCGGCGUGCUCGCCGACAAGCAUCGAUAGCAUCUUCCAUGCCACGUCGCUUGCCUCUUGUGCCCUCACCGACCGCAAGCUUCUCGCUCCCGCCGUCCUUCUGCUCCAGCAACUCCAGUGGCAAACUCUGCACACGCACUGACUCGCGUGUCAUGUCGCCCCCUGGCAGCCCUAUGCGCACUGCCUCGGUUGUCACUAACCCAGAUUCGGUUCUGAUGUACGUGCCGAUGCUCGCUGCUUUGACGGAAAGCUUUAACCUGUCCCGCAAGGACCGCAACCGCCUUAUGCAUGCUUUGGUUGGUAACACGCCCAGGUCUGCUGCGUCCUCUGACAGGUGUGUUGGAUUCUCCAAUCCUUUGGCCACCACUUGUUACGUGGGGUCUUCGUUGCAGUCGCUGCUUGCUGUUCCCUCGAUCACAGAGUCCGUCGCGUCGCUGACGUCUCUGUGCACUGACGCCGCCUGUCCUGUCUGCUUGCUGUGCAAGGCGUGCUUGAGUGUACGUUCUUCGGCGCAAUCUUCUGUGUCCUUAGCAACUUGGGAGCCCUGGGUUGCCGCUAUAGGCCGCAAUUUUGCAGAGUAUCAAGACGCAGCCGAGAUACUGCGUGCUUUGCUUCUUGGCAUGUCUGUCGCUGCAGCACAUCUUGACCUUGACUUUGCCCGGAUUUUCCACAUGGAGAUCCUCGAAGAAAUUGCCUACACAUGCCCUGAUGGCUGUCCUCCGCCUGCAGCACGCCAAAGCCUGCUGCAGGAGUGCAUGCUGCCUGUCUCCGUGCCUGCUUGCGCAGAAGUUUCUUUGGACAUGCUACUGGCGCAGUUCUUUGAGCAAGCAGAGAUCGUGCACCCAGAAGGCGACUCGCCACCAAAGUGCACAUGCCACCAAUUACUGACUCGAAGUCUGCGUCGUCGCCUUGCCACGUUGUCGGACUACGUUCUCCUGGACAUCAAGCGCCAGGAAGGUGGACGACCCGCAGUGUUUCGUCGCUUCGAGCACAUUGUUUUGUCGGGCACGGCGUUGACUUUGGUUGGGGCUGUGACGCGGCACGGGCAGCACUUCAUGGCGCAUGUUCGGCGUGGUGCUUCGGUUGUCACCUUUAACGACGCAUGUGCGUCCGUGUCCAGCGACUGGCCAGAUGCAACUUAUGCGCUCAGCACAGUCCUUUUGUUUGCUAAGGUGUCGCUGCCACCUGCUCCGCCUCCUGCCUUCCCCUCUGCUCACCACUCCAUUGACGCAGACGCUGCGACUCUUUUGUCGCUAUAUGCUGAGCGGAAGCAUGUGGAUUGCGUCACCUUUCUCAAGUCUCUGCCUUUGUUCCUACCUGGCGCGCAACUUCUGCAUUUGCCACAGCAGCUUCGCACAGCCAUCGAAAUCUUGCAGUCUGAAGCCAUCAACGCUGCAUCAGCCCUCGAAUGUCGUUUUGGAUUUUCCGACAGUAUGUUGUACCCGUUGGCUGUGUUGCUGGAAGCCACUGCGAUUGCAUCGGGCAUGCCUGCCAUCUUUUACAUUGACACAGUUCAUGGGCUGGUCAACUCGCUGUUCCAUCGUCGACUGUGUGUGAACUUGGGCAAGUUUCCUGAAUCUCGCAGCCGCUAUUGGUUUUCUGGCACGGGGAAUGUUGGUGAUGGAAAAUCACCUGCCGUCAAGCCUCUCGUUGCUCUGCUGGAUUCCGUUCUUGAAGAGCGCUCGCAUUUAUGCGUGGGUACGGCAGCAGAUCGGUUCCAUUAUCAGCAAAGUGGCACCACUGCCGCUGCAGUCGACAAGCUUCGUCAUUGCGAAGGAUACCUCACUGUCCAUGCGGAUGAGGCAGGCAGAUGCCUGUGCCCCAAAUUCGCCGCAGGUGGCGAGACAGAUGCGAGCAAGUUUGUGGACUUAACGCAUUUUUUUGAUGCUGCUCAUGGUGGUGAGUUCUCGCACACAAACAAGCUAGAGCGGCAAAGAUACCUUGGUAAGAAGCGAUGCAGUGAUCCCAAAGGACCCGUUCCUGCCGACAUGGAACUGCAUAUCAAACAUACGAAUGUCCACUUUCUGUUCCUCCAGCAAGAACAUCAUUUCAGCAACUUCUUCGCUCAAGCAGCAGCCACGCGUCCCACUGGCUUGGCCCAGCGAUUCUUGUUUUCGUUUGGUGCAUAUGAGAAUCCCGGGCUUCAGGAUCACCACGGCUUCUUUGAGCAGAUUGCUGCUCCGUUGCUUUCGCGUUUGUUUGAGCUCACGUCGACGCGCUACGGACCCCGUGUCCCUGCUGCCGAAGAUCUUGCGUUUCAAGAGUCGAUUGUCGCAUCCUUGAGCGAAACGGUUGCUGUGUUUGCUCGCCGCAGUGGCCGCUCAGCUUUUCCAAGUGCAUUGCCUAAGAGCCUGUAUUGGCUCGGUACCUCAGCGUUAACCAAUCAUGUUCUGGAAGAGUUGUGGCCGCAUGUUCUUGCAGACACCGUGCCCUUGCAGUACGAUCUAAACAUCUCAGAUGCUGCCUUCACUGCCAGCGUGCAGUUCAUGCACAGACGCUACCUCCGAGGACAAUCCAUCUUAGCCGUGACUGUGGACGAGACAUCCUGGUUGCGUUCUGAUGCCGUGCAUCUCACCGACCAGCAUGCGCUUUUUCUCCGCAUUCUACGCGGUUGCUCAACACGUUCUGUGACAGUUGAGUCUUGUUGUCGUUGUGAUUUGUGGUUGAAGUGUGAGAUUCGGCAGCGGUCCUCUGCUGCUGUGGACAUGUUGCAGCAGUUUUGGCAGCUUUCUUUCGAUUUGAACCUUGGCGUGCUGCACGGAGACCUUCGCAGCGACCCAUUGGGUUGCUCCCUACGCAAGCAUCACUUGUCGUGUCUUCACGAUACCGCCCGCGCGUGGCUGGUACGGCAUCGAAUUCCUCUUGAGAAUUGGAACCUGUACGCCCUGUACGCAGUUGAGCCAAAUGAAGUGCAGCAGCAACCCACGACUGCAGCCAAUCGAAAGAAACGGGACUUUAUGGAAGCCAAUGUGUCGGAUCCUUCCCUUAAAAUCGUUGCAGCUGCAAAAUCGCCUGCGGUGCCGACGUUGUCAACUCCAGCUUCGUCAGCUCCGGCUGCAAAGUCCGGUCAAGACAAGCAUCAUGAGGCGAAAAGCCAUUCUCUUCUGCCUCCGGAUACAAUUUCCGAUCCUGUUCGUUCUCAAGGUGAUGUUGCGCGACAUCUGGCCAUGCACGCUGCCUGCAAGCAUUUUCGGCAUAAGAUUCACUACUCACAUUAUGAUGCGACAAAGUUCACGUUUCAUGUUCACUGUCUCGAAGGCAGUGCCGUGUGUCCCUAUCAGGUUAAUGCAACAUACUUCCGACAGCCUGCAGGAUACAAGGCAGGCACUCUGUUGUUGACAGCUGUGGGAGAGCAUAACGCGCACGAAGGACCUGGGCGAAGUGGCAAGGUCUUUACAAAUGCUCAAGAAGCUGCUGCUCUGGCCUUUUUUGCCGACGGAGGACGCUCUCCGAAACAUCUGCACCAAAAAUUGAGCACAGACUGCCCUGGAGCACAUCUGCCCGACAUGCGGCAGUUGACGCAGUGGUUGCAACGCGCUAAAAGUAAUUCUGCUGCCGAGGCUGCGAAACCAGAACCAAUCGACCGCAACCGCGUCGUAUCUCUUGCCAUGGAACUGUCGCAAUGGAAUCGCGACUUCGCUUCCACUGCUUCCAUUGCAGACUUGUGCACAUUCGAGGACCAGGUCUGCCUGGUUGUAGAUGUCAAGAUGAAAGCCCUGGAACACGGCAGAGGUGUUGCAACUGCCUCCUUGCUCACCAAAGCAGGUUUGCGAAAUACUCGCUUGGGAGAAGGUCGCAAACAGGGUAAGGCAUGUGCGUCGCGACCUUUUCCACUUGUGCAAGCAGUUGUGAGUUCCGAAUCGCACGAUUUGACACUGCUCUUCUUCCGACUUUUGUGCGAUGUCUGGGACAAACAUGCAACGCAUUGUGUGCCAUUGCGCGACCAUGUCGUUCAAGUCCACAAGGACUUUGCACCAGGCUUGGAGUCGGCGCGAAAAGCAUGCUUCCCUCGGAGCCGGCCUUGUGAUGAUUUCUACCACUUCACACAGAAACACAAAGAGCUGGAGUCUCGCUUGUUGCAGACCGAGCUGGUAGCCGGCAAGUUCCAGAAAAAACAUCUUGGUUGGCUGCAAGCCUUGCUGGCGUCUCUGCGCCUCUUGCCUCGCGCGUCCAUCUUCGAUGCUUGCUGGCGUGGCCUUCUAGUACGUCUGCAUGACAUGGACGAAGCCGUUGUGGCAGCUUACCUUGAGUACUUGCACGAUCACCGUUUUGCUGGUUGGUGGGUUGGAUGCUGUGGCAUUGUUCCUGGCACAGCAUGCGGCAGCAACCCAGCAGAGGCGAUCCACAGUGCAUGGCAGUCCAAGCUGGAGUCGGUGGGCGGCCGUGUGCCCUUGGCUGAAGUUCUUGGAGUAAUGCAAAAUUUGUACGCUAAGCACUGGCUUGCAAACUUUCAGUGGGAAUCCGAAGCUUGCUUGAGCAUGGAGGCCAUCGAUAUUGACCCUACGCAUCUGCAGGGCGUACAGACUCUCAGCGCUGUGCACCGAUCGCCUGCCACGGAGCUGUUUCGCAGCCAUAGUGAGCUCAGUCCGUCGUAUCACAUAUAUGACAUUGAUGCGGACUUGUCCAUUGUUGCAGUUCGCAUGUCUUGUUACGCCCCAAUCCUCUGCGAGGACACUGCCAAGAAUGGCGUGCAGCUUCUUGUCUGUGCACCCACCCAAGUGCCGCGCUUCUUGGAGGAUGCUCAUGUGCUUCGCCGAACGGAGUCAGGUUUGGCAUUUCAGUACGGUCCAUGCAAGAAGCUCUUCGACAACAUUGCGUAUGUUACAGUUCAGCGAACAAAGCUGACUUGCACAUGCUUGGCUCACGCUCUCUGGCGUGGCUGCGAGCACAUUUUGCUUUGUCGUUCCUUGACAUUUCCCCACCGCGAAGCCGAUAUCAGCUUGGAGAAUGUGCGUCUUAGCAAGCCUCGUGGUCGCCCUCCAGGCUCCCGUGUCAAAGGUGCAGGCAAAGGCAAGUUCCAGCCAAAAGCUUCUCCAAAGAAGGUUCGCAAGCCUGGCAAAGUUAUCCGCGAGCUGAGCUGA